AGUGUGCGGAGCCGAGUGCGAACCCGGAACUCGUCCUGCCUGCUCCUCGCCGCCGCACUCCUCCUGAAAAGAGGAAAACUGAGAUUGUUCUCUGUUUUUAAUCAGCUCACCAGCUUCGUUUGGACCCCGGACACUUUAACGGUGACACCCCGGACACUGCAAUGCUCUCACCGAGGUUCCUGCUGCUGCGGUCGGCCGCGUCCUUGACGACCAGGUCUUUCCGCACAGGGGGCGUGUUGAUGCACGGCAAGGCGCCGGACAUGGUUGAAGGAAAUCCACUUUUACACGUGUCCAAUGUGCGAAACAAGCUGAGAGAAAUCGUGGGAGCUUCCACUAACUGGAGUGAUCACCAGCAGGCCAUGGCGGAGCGCGUGUCACUGUCGUCCAUGUUGGCGAAGUCUCAAAACGACCUCCCGGCCAAGAGGAUGAAGGACAGCUACCAGGAGGUCCACCUGCCUCUGGGCUCCGAACCACAGCUCAGAGAGAAAUACCUGACCUUCCACAACACUGUCAGGUUUGGUAGAAUCCUGGAGGACUUGGACAGUUUAGCAGUCCUCAUCUCUUACUCUCACACCUACAACGAGGCUCUGAAGAGGUCUCCUCUGUCCAUCGUCACCGCCCUGGUGGAUAAGAUUGACAUGAGGCAGCACAUCAUCUAUCCUGACUGCGACAUCAAGUUCACCGGUCAUGUGACGUGGGUGGGAAAGACCUCCAUUGAAGCCAAGAUGCACAUGUCACAGUUCCGGGAUGGAGCGUACGCCCCGGUUCUGGAUGCUACAUUCGUCAUGGUGGCUCGGGAUCCAGAAAACAAGAGGGCAGCUUUUGUGAAUCCACUGAAGCCAGAAGGCCCAGAGGACGAGAAACUCUUCCAGGAAGGAGAAGCUAAUAAAUCCCGCCGUGUGGAUCUCAGUACCGCGUCGUUGCUGAAGGUGGCCCCCACAGACGAGGAGAGGAAGAUCGUACACAGUCUGUUCCUCAACACGCUGGACACAAAGACGGUUAGUUUCCGCAGCAGAGUUCUGCCUCCAAACUCGGUGUGGAUGGAAGAUGCCAAACUGAAAGGACUGGAGAUCUGCCACCCUCAGGAGAGGAACAUCUUCAACAGGAUAUUUGGAGGUUUUCUGAUGAGGAAAGCCUACGAGUUGGGCUGGGCCAACGCCUGCUCCUACGGAGGAUGUCGGCCGAGUCUGGUGGCUGUUGAUGAUAUCCUCUUCCAGAAACCCGUGGAGAUCGGCUCCCUGCUGCUGCUCUCAUCACAGGUGUGUUACACACAGGGGAAGCACAUCCAGGUCAGAGUUCACAGCGAGGUGUUUGAUCCGCUGACUCGCCAGCACAACACCACCAACGUCUUCCACUUCACCUUCGUAUCCGACCGCGACGUCCCCAACAUUAUUCCAAAUACAUACGGAGAGUCGAUGCUGUACCUGGACGGGAAGAGACACUUUAAUCAGACUGUGGAGAACUGAAAGCAACGUGUGUGAUUGUAUGUGUGUGUGUGUGUGUGUUGGAGGUCGGUGGAGGAGAAUGAAUGCAGUUAACGCAGCAUAAAUCCUGUUUAUAUCACGCUUUGUUCAUUUCACACAACCCACAUGGUGGCCUGGUUCCGGUUACUUUAUUUGUUCCGGUGGUUUACGUUUCGGUGUCGGGAGAGCUCCUACAAUGCAACAUUUAUUAUUUUUUAAAUUCAUUUAUUUUAUAUUUUAUAUUAUAUAUUAUCAUUCUAUUCUUUAUUUCACUGUAACAGUUACUUCGUCAGCGUUUACAGAUUCUCAGCAGUCGUGGUUGGACUGGUGAAAAUGAGGCAAAACUCUUCACUUUUAUAUUCUGAAUGUGUCAGGCUGCUGCGAGAAGGGGGGGAGGGGGUCAUUUCUUCUGGCUUUAAAUUGUAUAUUUACUCAAAUGCAAUAAAUGAAUUCUUAUUUAUGA